AUGAUAAAGGAAGCAAACUCCAUCACUCAAAAUGAAGUGGAAGGUGAACCCACUACCUCCAAACGUCCAGUUAAUCGGAGAUUUCUUUUAUUCAAGAUAGAUAUGUUCGUAUUAUCGUUUGUCUGCUUGCAAUACUGGAUUAACUAUGUGGAUCGUGUUGGUUUUACUAAUGCGUAUAUAUCUGGUAUGAAAGAAGAUCUAAACAUGGUGGGAAAUGAUUUGACUUUGUCUAACACAGUCUUUAUGAUCGGUUACAUCGUCGGCAUGGUUCCUAAUAACUUGAUCUUAUUGUGUAUUCCGCCUAGAAUAUGGCUAAGUUUUUGUACCUUUGCUUGGGGGUUGCUAACCUUGGGUAUGUAUCGCGUUACAUCCUUCAAACAGAUUUGCGCUAUUAGAUUCUUUCAGGCCCUAUUUGAAAGUUGUACAUUCUCAGGAACACAUUUUAUUCUGGGUUCGUGGUACAAAGAAGAUGAGCUGCCUAUUAGAAGUGCUAUUUUUACUGGCAGUGGUUUAGUUGGGUCCAUGUUCAGUGGAUUUAUGCAAACAAGUAUUUUUACUCAUCUGAAUGGUCAGAACGGUUUAGCCGGUUGGAGAUGGCUAUUUAUCAUUGAUUUUUGCAUCACACUACCAAUUUCAAUAUACGGGUUUAUCUUUUUCCCAGGUUUGCCUGAUCAAACAAGUGCUGUUAACAGGCUUUCAAUGACAAAAUUUAUUUUCACUGAACAAGAACUACACUAUGCGAGAAGAAGACUUCCUGCUAGGGACGAAAGUACAAAAUUAGGCUGGUCAACCGUCCCCAGAAUCCUGAAGAGAUGGCAUUGGUGGAUGUUUUCUUUAGUGUGGGUUCUAGGAGGUGAGAAUUUAGGUUUUGCGUCUAAUUCUACGUUUGCAUUAUGGUUGCAAAACCAAAAAUAUACAUUAUCACAAAGAAAUAACUAUCCCUCAGGCAUAUUUGCUGUGGGUAUAGUUUCUACACUUUGUUCUGCAGUAUAUAUAAGCAAGUUUCCAAAAGCUCGGCAUUGGCAUGUUUCCGCUUUUAUAUCCUUAAUUAUGAUCAUCGUCGCAAUUUUGAUACGUACGCGUCCAUUGGAUCCAAAAAUUAUCUUUUCUGCCCAGUAUCUUGGAGGUAUUGCAUAUGCUGGACAAGCGGUUUUUUUCUCAUGGGCCAAUAUUGUUUGCCAUGCAGAUCUUCAAGAACGUGCCAUUGUUCUUGCUUCAAUGAAUAUGUUUUCAGGUGCGGUUAAUGCUUGGUGGUCAAUAUUGUUCUUCUCUGCAGAUAUGGUACCUAAAUUUGAAAAAGGUUGUUAUGCUCUUUUGGCAACAGCAAUUUCAAGCGGGGUGGUAUCGGUUGUUAUCCGCUCGCUACAAAUAAAAGAGAACCUAGCUAAGAAAUCUGUUCCUUACAUAGAUGCUAAUGAUAUUUUUGGAGAAGAAGAUGAUGAUGAUGAUGAUGAUGAGAAUCAGGAUGAAGAUGAAGGUGAAAAUACGUCUGUCGAAUUUGGCGAUGAGGAAAUGACUGAAGUUCCCAAUCCUUUUCAUUAA